GCAAAAGAAAGAAAAUCUCUCUGUUUGGAAAAACGUUGUUGCUAUGGUGUUUUGCUGGCACGUGGGGGCCUGCUCUUUUUUAACGGAUCGCACGUGUCAAUCCUUUUCGGAAAAUUGAACUAAGAGGGGAUCGGGGAAGAAAGGGAAGAGAAUGCCGACUCCGCUGAAGUCGGUACCUAUCGUCAAGAAGCGGACGAAGAAGUUCAUCCGACACCAGUCCGACCGCUACAAGAAGAUUAAGCAAAAAUGGAGGAAGCCGAAGGGCAUUGACAACAGAGUGCGGCGGAGGUUCAGAGGUCAGUACCUGAUGCCCAGCAUCGGCUAUGGCUCCAACAAGAAGACUCGUCACAUGUUGUCAAACGGGUUCUACAAGUUUGUCGUCAACAAUGUGAAGGAACUGGAGGUGUUGCUGAUGUCGAACCGACGCUACGCUGCGGAGAUAGCUCACUGCGUGUCCUCUCGUAAGAGGAAGGCGAUUGUGGAGAGGGCCCAGCAACUGGACAUCAAGGUCACUAACCCCAAUGCCCGUAUCCGCUCGGAGGAGAACGAGUGACAGUCACCACACUGACCCACACCAACUAUUAUUGUUAUAUUGGCAGAUGUGUACAGUUGUGAGAAUUGAUUUUAUGACAAAAGA